AUGAAGGGUCAAAGCCUCUUGCAUGUCGUCGAGAAGCAUCCUAUUGGGGACGGCCUGAAGGCUUUUCGCGACUCGUUCACCCCAAACGAAAUAGAACGGCUUGGUCAAGAAGAGCUUCAAAAUUGCAUUCUCAUUCUUCUGUCGGCGUUACAAAUCCAUCCGGCUGCUCGACUCCUUCGCUCCAAUAAUGGCAACUCGGUCUUCAGUGAAAUAUCGAGCCUCAACACUUUGAUUACAUCCGACGAUUAUGACUUAGAUCUAAUCAAACCGCUCAUAAAAAUUUGUCUCGCCAACAGCGUAAAUGAAGCGCUUAUUUGGGAUCAAGUUUGUCGCAUCGUCGCCGGAUCCACGCCUCCUCCACGGUCUAUACCAUCAUCUCUGCAACAGACUCCUUGGAGUCAAAACACGAGCAGCUUCGUGAACUCGUCAGAACGCCGUCAAGAAGUGGACAGAGUCUUAAAACAAGAACUCGGACCCCUCUACGUUGAUGUUCCAGGGUUCUGCGAUGCCUUCUUUGGAAGUGUGAGAGGACUAAAUACAGCGUCCGAGACGGUUCUAGGUAAGUGCAUGGAAGGUGACAAUCCUCUCUUCAGAGAGGGUUGGAUCGGGUGGCCCACACGCGCUAAAGAGCCCGAUGUGCUUGCUUGGUUUUGCGACCUGAUACCAAGACUGGAAGCUCUCGCAGGUGAUUUCAAUCUGAAUGUGAUGCAUCGCCGCAAGCUGUUAGCCCAACCGAAAACGCCGCUACUGGGCUCAACGGGCAAACGCAGUAUGGACAUUGGCUUUGUAGCCCGUGACUUGGCAUAUAAGCCGAAUUCAAAAGACGACAGAUUUCGGUGGCAACAAGUUCUCGUGCCCGGCGAGUUGAAAAGUAACCCGGCCGCCGAUAUAACCUCACUAGCGUGGAUUGAUCUUGCAACCUACGCCAGAGAGGUCCUCAAGGCGCAAGAUGCCCUUCGGUUCGUCUUGGGUUUUACACUUUGUGGAUCGAUUAUGAGAGUAUGGCAAUUUGACCGCCUAGGGGGGAUCGCUUCAGAUAAAUUCGACAUCAACAGCGAGGACGGCGCGCUGCAAUUUGUGACCGCUGUCCUUGGAUUUUUGUGCAUGGAUGAGGAGAAUCUUGGCUUUGAUCCUACCAUCAUCACAUCUCACGGCGAGCGAUAUAUAACAAUCAACCGAGAUGGUCAGACAGAGCGCAUAUACAUCGAUAAGGUUAUGAAGCGUGCUCCCUGCAUCGCUGGCCGGGCAACGACCUGUUGGAAGGCCCACCGCAGAGAGGACCCGCAGGUGCCACUCGUUAUCAAAGAUUCAUGGCAGUACACAAAUCGAGAGGAAGAGGGCGAAUAUCUCCGAGAGGCAACAAAUAAGGGCGUUGUUAAUGUCGCCCGAUACUACCAUCACGAAACUGUUUGCAUCCGAGGUGUCAGUGACGACAUUCGAAGCCAUGUUCGGAAAGGGUUAGACCUUUCAAAAGCAAAAAUUGCGAAUUUUCGAAUGGGUCGCCGAGGACUCCCUCCAAGUGUCAGCGUGUCUAGCGUUUCACAUGAAGGCAAGAGCAACAGCAGUGGCCUGAAGCGGCCCUCCAGUGAAACUGAUGCUGGGCUGCCAGCAGCUAAGCGAUCUCGUUCGGAAUCUCCAACAAAAGCUAGUAUUGAUCCUGUAUCAAAUCGUGUUCAUCGGCGAAUCGUCCUCCUUGAUUAUGGAGAGCCGAUCUACCAAGCAAGUUCUCGAGUGGCUCUUCUGUCUGCAUUCGAGAGCUGCAUCGAGGGACACGAAUCAUUGCACAAAGCUGGCUUUCUCCAUAGGGAUAUUUCUAUCAAUAAUCUUAUGAUUAACGAAGAUGAGAAAUCAUCAUCAUGGGCGGCAUUCUUGAUUGACCUUGACCUUGCUAUUAAGAGGCGGCGAGAGAGCGCUUCGGGAGCAAAAGGGAAAACCGGCACAAGAGCAUUUAUGGCCAUUGGCGCUCUGCUAGGCGAGGAACAUUCCUUCAUGCACGACCUUGAGUCUUUCUUCUGGGUGUUAUUUUGGAUAUGCAUUCACUACGACGCUCAAGGCAAAAGUAUUGGGCCUACUAGAUUGGAUGACUGGAACACUGACAAUGACGACAAACUAGUUGUCUCAAAAAAGGGCGAGAUUGCUGAUGAGGAGGACUUUCUCAAGAACGCAGAGAAGAACUUCACAUCUCACUACCAGCCCUUGAUUCCUUGGGUUAAUAGAAUGCGAAGGCACGUGUUUCCCAACGGCGGCAGAUGGAAAAAACGUGAACCCGAGCUUUAUUCUACAAUGAAGAAGAUCCUCCAGGAUGCCCAACGGGAUCAGGACGUUUUGGCAGAAGAAUAA